UUGAUGAUGAUGUUGAUGAUGCAUGGGGGUGCAGUCACUGGUGUAGAUGGUGUAUUGGAGAGGACUCAGCACACACGCCUGUGGGGAAGUGAUGAUGCUGAAGGCGUCUCGCUGCUGCUCAGACUGAUGUUCAGUCGUCAUCCAGACACGAUGAAGACUCCGUGUGUCUCUCUGCUCCUCGGUGUGUGUGUGCUGCUGCUGUCUGCACCGACUGUUUCUGCAGUGUCUCUGUCAGUCUGUCCAAACCUUCAGCAGGUCUUCAGUGGAUCUUCAGUGGAUCUGAGUUGUGUUGAUGAUGGACAGACAGCUGAUGGAUGGACAGUGAAGAGGACCAGAGGAGGACUCACUGAGGACUGUGGAGCAGCUCCAGGCUUUGGGAGGCGUCUUGGUUCCUACUGUGUUGUGAAUCUUUCUGCUCUCAGUGAAACCUUCUGGUGUGAGGACUCCUCUGGACAGCAGAGUGACAGAGUCUCCUUCAGUGUCCAAUCAGACACUACAGAUAAAGGUGUCAUCCUGGAGAUCCCUGCACUUCCUGUGAGGACAGGAAGUGAUGUCAUUCUGCGCUGCAGACAGAGGAAUGGUGCCACAGUCAAAGCUUAUUUCUCCAUCAAAGGAAGUUUUGUUGGUCCUAAACCAGAGCACAUCAUCACUAACAUCACGCAGGCUGAUGAAGGUCUCUACUCAUGUUCUACUGAUGAGGGUGGAAAGUCUCCUCAGAGCUCUCUGAGGGUCAGAGGUCAGAACACUGACAUCACUUCCUGUUUAAAAGCUGAUGUAACAUUGUGACCUGAUAAUAAACUGACUGA